GCGCAAUUGCGCGCCCGGUCGCCAAGAUGUCGUUUCCGAAGUAUAACCCGUCGCGCCUGGCCACACUACCCGCUACCCUCGACCAAGCCGAAUACGACGUACCUCCAGAGACCCGGCGGGCUCAAGCCGAGCGGCUGGCUAUAAGAUCCCGGCUUAAACGGGAGUAUCUGCUUCAGUACAACGACCCCAAUCGCCGAGGGAUCAUCGAAGAUCCUGCCUUGACUCGUUGGACCUAUGCGAGAUCAGCAAAUGUCUACCCCAAUUUCAGGCCCACUCCCAAGACCUCACUCUUAGGAGCUUUGUUUGGCAUUGGGCCCCUGUUCUUCUGGUUUUAUGUUUUCAAAACUGACAGGGAUAGGAAAGAAAAACUUAUCCAGGAAGGAAAAUUGGAUCGAACAUUUAACGUCUCAUAUUGAGUUUGGCAAUGAUGAAUUUCUAUCGCUUCAGCAGAUCUAGAUUGCUUGCCCAGGGGAGUCGUCACGCCUUCACUUCCAAAGGCCAGAAUUGCAGACUCUCGCGUCGUCAGGCCUUUGUUGCAGCAGUUGCCUGUUCGCAGUUAUUACCAGACACGGAAGCACCAAGAUGCUCCAGUGAA